CGCGUUCAGUUGGUGAUGCACUGCGAGAAUUAGAUGCGAAACAGUUAAUUAAUUCCGAUUUUAUUCUCAUAUACGGCGAUGUUGUAUCAAACAUACAUUUAAACAAAGUAUUGGAUGCUCACAGAGCUCGAAAAUCUGUUGAUAAUAAUACAAUAAUGACUAUGGUAGUUAAAGAAGCAAGUCCUUUUCACAGGACAAGAUCGUUAGGUGAAUCCCCAAUUUUCGUAAUAGAUGGGAAAACUAAUGAAUGCGUUCAUUGUGAAUCCGUGGACCUCUAUCCGCGUAAACGUCGCAUGGUUAUGGAUAUGGAAGUAUUCAAAAAGCAUACCGAUGUUCAAAUACGCAAUGAUCUUAUAGAUUGCCAAGUUGAUAUAUGUUCAGUAGAG